UGGUUUGAGUGAGAAUGUGGACUCCAAGUAAAACUGGACAGCCAGUGUUGUAUGUGUGGCGAAAAGGAAGGUUGGAUUCACGGUGAACUCGAAGGGAAUGUGGGUGGAAAAACACGAGGUAAAUCCAAGCCAUGAUGCACUUGAGGAGAGAGGACACUGGGGCAAAAAGGUGGAGUUUCUUCUUGCAGUUGCUGGGAACAUUGUGGGCCUGGGCAAUGUGUGGAGGUUUCCGUACUUAUGCUACAAAAACGGAGGCGGUGCAUUCCUGGUGCCGUAUCUGGUGUUUGUGGUGACGUGCGGUGUACCGCUCUUCCUUUUGGAGACCACCAUGGGCCAGCACACCCAAGAGGGAGCCAUCACCUGCUGGAGAAAGCUGUGUCCACUGGCUGAAGGUAUUGGCUAUGGGGGUCAACUGAUACUGCUGUACACUGGUGUGACUUACAUGAUUAUUCUGGCCUGGGCUCUGCUCUACCUGGUGUUCUCCUGA